GGUCGUCCAACAUGGCAGCUGCCGGAGAGUGGGAGCUGGUUGUCAAAAGCUCAAAAAAGGGCAAAAGUGCGACAGUUCCUAAUGGAAAACUUAGUAAGGACGAAAAGAAAGAGUUCAUACAGAAAGCUCCCCGAGUUACAGUGACAGGAGGAAUUGAGAGAGGGGUGACUGGCAAGGAGAACCGCAAGCCAAAGUCAUCCAAAGCUGCUAGUGCACCAAAGAAGAAAAAAACAGAAAAGAAAACUAAUUCUGGUCCACAUCAGCCUGGUACUGUUGAGGAGGCAAUAUGCAGGUUGAAUGUAGGAGAGAUGCAAAAUCUCCUAGAUGUGGUUAUGUCACGUUUUCAAGAGUCUCCCCUUAUUUGGUUGAAGGACUUGGCUUCAUACCUAAAUGUACGUGUUAAUCCAAUCCACCAACCAGAUCCCGCUUUCAGAGGUCACCCGACUUCAUUUCCAGCAUCCCUGUUGAGGUCAGAUGUCAAAAUGCUACUGAUAAAAACACUGUCCACUUGUAAUGAUAAUGUGUUGGCAGCAUUUCAUAAGCACUGUUUGACUUCUAUGGUACAUGAGCAAGUAAAAGGUCUGGGUGUGGCAGGAUACAAGGUAUUCAUUCAGAUAUUAUCAAUUGACCACGCACAUGUGGGCAUGGUGAAUUUGCCUUAUUAUUGUGAUCUACGAAACAGUAUCCAGAAUCAGACUCCUGCCUGUCUUUCUCUAUUGUGGGCUGUUGGACAGUCAGGUCUAGAUGACUUCACUGUUGGAUUGAAAGGUGGGUGUGUAUUUGUCUUUUUCACAGCAGCUUUCAGUUCUAGUCCUGAAGUAAGUUGCGUGGCUUUGUCCCAUCAUGUCUUCGUCGCUCUUGGAUCCAGACUGCCCCAUCUCCUAAUAAAAGUAGAAGAUCUUGACAAUAUAGACCCUCGCCUCUCGAUGACGCCAGGCUUGCGAAGAAUUCUCGGCGCGCCACACAUGAGUCGCUGUUCGAUGUUCUGGUACUAUGCUCUCCAGAGUAGAGAAUGGAUGAUUCUUAGCUCAGUCUUUACGAGUACAGAGAAAAGAGUAAUAAAGGAUACCAAUUCUAGCGGCAUUGCUGAAGCCCAACGCACAGUUGCCUCGCAAAGCUCGCUGCCCUGGAAGGAGUUCUCAGAAGCUAAGGAAGCAACAAAUGUUAUGUUGACUUGUAGAGAAUGGAAGAUUCUUAGUCAGUCUUUACGAGUACAGAGAAAAGAAGUAAAGGAUACAAUUCAGCGGUUUGCUGAAUCCAACGCACAGAUGCCUCGCAAAGCUCGUGCCCUGGCAGGAGUCUCAGAAGCUAAGGAAGCAACAAAUACAUUGCUGAACCAAAUGAAGACAGUGAAGGGCAAAUCUCCCCUUCCUCGUGUGAUGAAGCUUUUGGGAAUACUCUUUGUGACGGCCAUCAUCUGGGAUAUAAAAAGUGCAGGAUCAUUUUAUGAGAGAGAAGCUGGAAGCAUGGUCAAAGAAGUGCGGAGGUCAGAUGUAUCAAAGGAGUCAGGCGGAACCCUCGUACCUGGAGCGGGUGACAAAACAGUACCAGCAGUAGGUACAGGGGCAGUAGAAAUGUCUGAAGAGUGGUCAAAUAAUGAGGUUGAGACUUCACUUCCUGGACUAAGUACAUCAGUAGGACACUAUGGAGCUCUUGCAGUGGAAAGUUUAGAGGUCACCUUCUUUGCCAUCAGAAAUGCAUUUGCACCAUAUUUUUCUCAAGCUCACGAAUUUUUCACCACAAGAGUCUUUGUAGGGUCUUUAGCUCCAGAGAAGUUAAAGGAAUAUAUGAUUGGAGCAGUGGAUUAUUUGACCCAGUUUCUCUUAAGAAUGCAUUCUAAUCUUGUGGAUGUUUUACAAGAUACUGACAGUAUUUCAAAUAAAACUAGCUAGUUGCUAAAAUCAAUUUUAAUACAUUCCUCAAGAUGACAUAUACAGCACACAAAAAAUAAUGAUAAAUUUGUCAAUUUGUGUAGAUUUGGGUUUUUACCAUGCAUCCAUUGCAUUUAGCAAUGGAAAUUUAAUUAUUAAUAAAGUACUACAUUCCACGUAUCAUUUUGUGGCAAAUGUGUUUAGUGUCAAGAGUACAGAUAGUGCCAAGGUUGAUAUCAACAUAUAGUUUGACUAAAAUGUCUACAGUUUCAGCACCUUAAAUAUUCAUGUCAUGUUCUCUUGGGAGUCUCACAAAAGCAGUGUACAGUAGUUACUUUAUUUCAUUUAUUAUAAUAAUUUAUUUCAUUUUAUUUUAAGAAUUUUUUUUUUUACCCAAUUCUGUUAUCUUUCUAUUGUUGGCUAUUAAGUAAAUCUGAUGGCAAAUUUUUAAGUGUCUGAGUAAUUCCAUAAGUUUUGUUAUCUUUUUUUUUUUGUGUGUGAUUGUUAGACAUGACUUGUGCCUUAUUGUCUAUAAGAGUUUAAUCUACAAGUUUAGCUUAGAGUUGUAUGCAUUAUUUAUUGUGUGUGGUAUGAAUUGGGCUCAUUUUCAUUAGAUUGUUAGAUAUAGUCUAUGCUAGUAUUACUAGUAAUAUUUUUUCAUUGAAAAGUGUCAUUAACCUUGAAUGCAUCUAACUUUUCUGGGUGAAUCAGUUUGUAAAUAAACUUUUUAUUUUAUUUUCUAUUUCUCGGUUCAGAUAACCAACAAGUUGAUAAAUUAGCAUGUGCAACACUUGGGUAUCUUUACCGAGGAAACGUUUCGCCACACAGUGGCUUUAUCAGUUCAUACAAUGAAGAUUGCAUGACCUGUACUAAUAGGUGUGUUAUUAUUUAUCAGUAUUUUAGCAGGGAUGUCACAAGGUUGGAUAACUGAAUGAUGUUCAAUGCACUUGAAACAACUCAAGGGUAUCAAGGAGUGUAAUCUCAUUUUCAAUGCAAUUUUUGUAAAUUACUUUGCUCAAAUAAAUACAUGGACACUGAAAUAUUAAUACAACAUGUAUGUCAAGUAUUUAACAAGUUUAGUUUUUAGCGAGUUAUUUUUAUAUUUUCUCAGUAUUUGUUACAGAUUAUCAUUUAAAAAUAGUUUAUCAGUCUGAAAAUAAAAAUUGAAUUUGUUAGUUGUGUCCAGUCAUCAAAGGAAGUGCUGUACAGUAAUCAAUAAUGCUGCAUGGACUGCAAGUGCUUAAAUUACAUUUAAAAAUUACAGUAUUUAUUAAAUGGCUAAGUUAUGAAUCAUA